GUCAUUUUACGAAACAUUGUGCAUUGUGCCGAGAGCAUUUUUUGUGUUAUUUUAUUAACUUUUUCAGUUGUAAUUACGAUAAUCAUGUCGAAGUUGGACGAAGAUAAAGGAAUAGUAUUUUGUAAUCGCGUGCGUAUUGGGAAUUGGUAUGAGGCUACUAAAUUGGAAGAGUAUAAAUUGAACAAAUUUUUGGAGCAAAUGAAAAAAGGUGACCUAAUGUUAGCAAGGUAUCGAAAAAUGGGAGAGAAUCUCAACAAGCCCACUGUUUUAACGCAAUCGUCUGGUACCAUUGGAUUUGGUGCUAAAAUAACAUUGCUAGCGCCUCACGUUCCAGCGUCAGAUCCACCGGUAGAGGGGAAAAAUGGCCUUCUUCUCGGUGGGCGAAUAUCUUCAAACGACAUUAGCUACUCCCAGCAAUUGGAGGAUGGGUGUGCGCUGAUGGGCUUCCCGGACCUGCAGCCAGCAGAAAAGAGCACCUUCGUCAUAACCAGUGCGGACUAUUGCAACCGAGAUGGUGAACAACUCAAGUAUAACCAGGAGUUUCUACUAACUUUGUCGUCUUCCCUUAGCAGAAAGCCUCUUUACAUAAGGUACGAUCCGAAUCCGAUCCCGGGCCUGUGUGGAAUGUACCCUUUGUACCUGAGCAAGCAUGCUGUGUCUAAUACGCGCUGGCGAGUGUUGCCAGUGCAGGGGCCCAAUAUUACGCGCUUUGAACAAGAAGGGAAACCAAUCAGUGUUAACACAGAUGUUGUUAUUAACCAUUGCGCGACUAAUGUCAACUUGGGAGUAAAUAUCGGCUGCUGGGUUAUGGGAUUUUAUGGCAAGAUUUGUGCUCCGCUAAUGAAGACCUGCCUGGAUGUUUACGGCAAAGAGACGCCCAAUAAUAUCUGGCAGAUCUAUACGCCGAUCGCCAGUUAAUUACAAAUUUUGUAUUUCGUGUAUUUGAAUUCGGUUCAGUAAAUUGCGAAGUAAUUAUUGCCGCU